UACGCGGACUAGUCAACAACUCCGCCACCAGUAGCGAUACGUGCAAUAAAUGCAGAUCAAAGUGCGGUGAAGCGAAAAAAGUGAAAUUAUAAAUAUUAAGUGAUUAAUUGCUCCCAAAAAUUAAGCAACCAAAACAAACGAAAAGAGACAUACGUACUCGUAUAUGUGAUUUAAAUAAAGUCACUUUCAUUGAUUGGUAAUUUUCCAGAGAGUGUGUUUAAUGGUGAGCAUAUUGGUGCUACUGUUAACACAAUACAAAGAGCUGCGGUCGUUGACGUUGAUCUACAGAUAAUAAGCUAUUUUUAAUAAUAUUACAAAAAACACACACGCACGCCAAGAUGACGAUCGAAAAAGCUACACUCGCUGAGAAGAAUAAUAUAACAGUGUACCAAGCGACCACAAAGCCGAAGAAACCCAAGCGACGGGAUAAAAGCGAUUUAGGUCCGAAUUUCGUGGCGCCCGAUGGCGGUUGGGGCUGGGUGGUUUGCGUAGCAGCUGGACUCAGUAAUCUCGCCAUUUUCCCGCCCUUGCAGCAAUUUGGUCUGAUCUAUAGGCAACGUAUGGUAGAUUUGGGUUUCACAGCCAAAGAGACCACGACCAUUAUUAAUAUCGUAAUGAGUAUCGCAUCUUUAAUUGGCAUAGUGAAUGGCGCCAUGUUUCGACGUUUCUCAUUUCGUCAAGUGGCCAUUGUCGGCAAUAUUUUUAUUUUCGUCGGUACUUUAUUGACAACGUGGUGUGUCACAUUUUGGCAAUAUGUGAUAUGUCUAUCGGUGAUUUUUGCUAUCGGCAUGGGUCUCAGUAUGGCCGCUGUCUCGCUAGCAGUGAAUACUUAUUUCAAAAAUAAUCGACGACGUGCAACCGGUUUUUCCUGGACUAUAACCGGUUUGGGCCCCAUUAUUUUCCCACACAUCACCACGCUUUUACUGAUCCAUUAUGGCGCACAGGGUACCAUUCUAAUUUAUGCUGCCUUUACGCUAAAUGCGCUGUUGUGCGCAUUGACUUUGCAGCCAGUAUUGUGGCACACACCGAAACCGAAUAACGCAGCUGAGGAGGAAACGAAAGAGGCCAACAAACAACUAACAUCGUUAAACCCUUUACCUGAGAAUGAGGAGUAUGAGUGUAAAUACUGUCAGUAUAAGAAACAUCACAAACGCAGUAUAUUCUCUUCACAAUAUCUCUUCAAUGAGGAUGAUUUGGAUACGCCCGGCUAUGAAAUAACCGAACCGGGUACGCCGAUGAUGGCACGCGCCAACGAUGGUUGGUUUGGUUCGAAAGUGUCACUAGCCGCUGAAAUGAACCCGAUACGCCUGAGACAUAAGGUGAUGCGUCAAGCUUCGAUCAAAGCACAUAUUGCCGAAACGGAGCGGGAAGACGAUGAGCACGAUCAAGCUGAAUCGCGCUUGUACAAGCCGAACUAUUUCAAUCGGGAACGCGAAGAUUACGAUCGUUACACCAGCAAGGGUAGCAUCUACUCGAAAUCUGGUGCUGAGGAAUUACAUUGCACCUGUGCUGAGGAGAAAGCGUUACUGCAAAAAAUCUCCGACGAGGAGCUGAAACGCGAACAAGAGAAAUUAAAAGCAGAGGAAGAGGCCGAAGAAUUGGCCAAAAGCAAAAUGAGCUUCAAACAGAAAGUGGUGAAAUUCUUUGACUUAGAUCUCUUGAGAGAUUUCACAUUCGUCAAUUUGGCUAUGGGCAUGACUAUUAUGAUGUUUGCCGAAAUGAAUUUCUCUGUUUUGACGCCGUUCAUCUUAAACGAAUAUGGCUAUACCAAUGAGGAGAUCUCGCUGGCCAUGUCAAUGCUGGGCGGCAUGGAUAUCUGUGUGCGCUUUUUAGCGCCAUUCGCGCUGGAAAAAGUCAAGCUAGACAAUCGUGUGUUGUUCGCUUUUGGCAUUAUUGCCAUUGCCAUUGGCCGUAUGUUUGUCACGAUGACAAACUCCUAUUACGCUGUUUUGGCAUUUUUCUUGCUCAUCGGGUUCGGCAAAGGUUUCCGUACCAUAUUCUCGCCACUCAUUAUACCAUCGUAUGUGCCAUUGAAACGCUUGCCAGCUGCUUCCGGCUUACAGCUGGUUUUUAACACCAUAUUCUCUUUGGCCUUCGGACCUGUGCUGGGCACAGUCACCGAUGCCACCAGUUACACAAUUACCAUUCACUUCCUCAAUUUACUAACUGCUCUGGCUUUGGUAAUCUGGAUCAGUGAGUCAUUGGUGCGUCGCAUAUUAGGAAAGAAGGCCAAGAAGACAUUAGAGGGCUGACGCUGAAACAAGCUUUUGCGUAUUUCUAGGCGUGAUUGUCCUUAAAGCUGUUAAAUAACUACCCAGUAAAUUGUUGUGCCUUAAAUUGCGCGUUGAGUUACUGUUCAAAAACCAAUGGAGUUAUGUGACUGUAUGUAGGUAUAUGUAUGUGUGAAUAUAGAGUAGUAUUUUGUACUUCGGUUAUUGUACUUGUAAUUUCUUCUCACCUGUCUAUUGAAGGCACAUUUUUGGUAGCACUCUUAGGUACUUACAUACAUUUUACUUUUAAAAGCAUAAGAAUUUUAAAAAUGAAAUAUUUUACUUUCUAAUACUAUAAACUUUAGUAUAGCUGUAAUGACUACUGAGUCAAAGUUAAUAAGCAUCAUUGCAUUUAUACCUUUAAAUCAUUAACUUCUUUGGGUAUUCGCAACAUUUAUUUAAGUCAAGGGCUCCCUAACUGUACGUUUGUUUGAAUAGCAACAGGCUUUAGCUAAUCUUUUUUAGAAGAGCGACGCAAAUGUAUAAAUACUGACGCAGUCGCAGUUCAAAAAAGUUUGGGAACCGCUAUUAUACAAGUUAUUUGAGUAAAAUAUUGAGUAAGUUUGUUAUAAUUUUUUUUUUUUUAUUAAUAAAAAAAAGAUUUUUAGUUGUGCGACUCCUACAUUUUAUUGCAUCAUAAAUAUGACGAGCAUCAUUUCGGGAAUUUAUUUAGCAUUAAGUGGUAAAUUUACUGAUUGGUUGGGUCAAAAGUAUGUAUAAAUUUAUUUUAACACCAAUUCGGAGUUAAUUUAUAGGCUUAUGCACUUCCUACUUAUUAUGGCUUUCAGGCAAAAGUCGUGAAUCCCCUAAAGAUUAAAUAACAAAUCUGUGGAAUUUUAAUAAAACAACUUAAUAGGGUUUAACAGUUGCUUUCAGAUCAAUAAAUUCUGAUAUUUCAAAUAAAAAUUUAAUAUUUUCAUGCAAUUUUUAUCCUUAAGUGUAGAAUGUAUUAAGUCAAUUUAAGUUGUUUUGCAAGAAUUUCACAGAAUUGCAAGUUGGAUAAGGCAUUCGUCCUUCUGUGUGUUGUAAACAAUUUGAAAAAAAUUUUAAAAAAUAAUUUUUUUAUUGUUUAAGAAAUAUU